AUGGCCCAGGCCCACGUAACCCACGAGGACCGCCAGCGCUGUUUCGACAACGCUGUCAGGCUCCUCCACGAUGUCUUCCCCAGCGAAGACCUUUCGAAAGUCCUGAGCCUCAAGGACCGGUUCAUCGAGGAGACUAAGGCUUCUGACUCCUUCAAAGCCACGUGGGAGUUUUGUAGCCUUCUGUCGUCCUGCCAAAGAUUCCUCUCCGAGAUCAACGAAAUGACCAAACUAGAGCAAGUCUGCGCCGUCAACCCCCAAGCAAUCGAUACACUCGACGACGGACCAGCAAAAACAGACCUGAAAGGCUCCGUCCUCAGCCACCAGGCCCAAGCCGUAGAGAGCCUUGGACGACCGCUCCACGCGAUCCAUCUGAACAAGCAGUGCUACGAGAUCCGACUCCAGGAGGAGCCCCGUAACCCGAUCCUGCUCUGCUACACCGCAAACAACCUCGCAUACUGCCACAACACUGCGAAUCUGCACGCGGGCGCAGAAACCUGGUACGAGCAGUCCCGCGAAUGGUGGGAAAUCACGGCAAACGAAGACGACACGAAGGCCCGCGAUCGGCCAGCACGACACAUCCAGAACCAUGCGCGCUGUUUGGUCUAUCUGGGCCGGUACGAGAAGGCGAAGGAGAUGUUCGAUCUUUGCAUCCCGCGGUUGAAAACGGAGCAGCCCUUGAACUGGGCAAUGUUGGCAUAUGCCCUAUUCGGUCUGGCGACCUUGACCCGGCGCCAGGGUGAUUCCGACGCCGCUGAAGCCCUCUACAUCGAGGCCCAGAACGCCUGGCUGGAAGGCGCCCAGACGCGUACUCACCCGUUCUAUGCAGCCUGUUUGUACAAAGUGGGUGUCUGUUGUCUGGACCAAGGCAAAGUUGAAGCUGCGAUUAAAAACCUUCGCGACUCGAUGGAAAUGACCGAAGUGUGCAAAACCGCAAGGCCGGUGGAGUACGCGCGCACUUUGUUCAAGCUCUCCGAGGCUCUUAUGCAUGACGGCCUCGACGAUGGUGAAGGCGAGGCGACGUGGCUCCGAGAGGAGGCGGAGAAGAUUAUGUUGAAGACAAGGCCCGAGGCUGUGCGGUGCGAUACUGAGGAUGCGUACGAUAGUUUUGUGCCAAUCUUCUGGAGGUGA